AUGACAGUGAAAGAUUUGAGCCACCAUCUAUCGAACGAAUCGAAGGGAAGACAGCCUUCUGCUUUGAAGACCGCUUUCAAGUACUUUGGUCAAGAGAACAUGGUUUUCUUGGGCGGAGGACUGCCUUUGUCUGACUACUUCCCUUGGGACAAGAUCACCGCUCAUUCCCCGGCCCCUCCAUUUUCCAACGGUAUUGGUGCCAAGCCAACCAAUGAGAAGGACACCACUGUCACCGAAGUCGGAAAGGUCAAAGAAUUGGACUACGACGUUCCUCUUGGAAGAUCGUUGCAAUACGGACAUACCGAAGGUCAAGUCGAAUUAACUGACUUCCUGAAGACCCACACCGAAAUCAUCCACAAGAUCCCAAACAAGGAGUGGGAUCUCGUUCUUUCUGUGGGAAACACCCAAUCGUGGGAAGCCACCCUGAGAACUUUCUGUAAUCCUGACGACACCGUUGUGGUUGAAGAGUACUCUUUCUCGUCUGCCAUCGAGACCGUGAGAGCUCUUGGUAUCAGCAUGGCUCCAGUCGAGAUGGACGACGAGGGAAUUAUCCCUGAAAAGCUCGACCAAUUGUUCAACGAAUGGGACUCUCCAAAGCCAAAGCCUAAAUUACUUUACACCAUCUCCACUGGUCAGAACCCAACUGGUUCUUCGCUGUCCAAUGAGAGAAGAGAGGCUAUUUACAAGAUCGCCAGCAAACACGACUUCAUCAUCGUGGAAGACGAGCCUUACUACUUCCUUCAGAUGGCCGACUACGAAAAGGGUGCUUCCGAGCCACCAGCCGUGACUCACGAGCAGUUCUUGGCCGGUCUUGUGAAGUCUUUCUCCUCGUUGGACGUGGAAGGAAGAGUUGUGAGACUCGACUCGUUCUCCAAGGUCCUUGCUCCAGGCACCAGAUUGGGAUGGAUUGUGGCCCAAAAGAAGCUGCUCGAGAGAUUUAUUAGAUUGCACGAAGUGUCCAUUCAAACUCCUUCUGGAUUCUCCCAGACUCUAGUUGCCGGUUUGCUAGGUAGAUGGGGCCAGGACGGUUACCUGGACUGGUUGAUUGGUCUCAGAAAAGAGUACACCAUCAAGAGAAACUUCACCAUGAACAGUCUUCUCAAGCACAUGCCAAAAGACGUUGUCGCAUUCGAGCCUCCUAUGGCCGGUAUGUUCUUCAUUGUGAAGAUCGACGCUUCUAAACACCCUAAGUUUGCCACUGAGUUCGGCAAGGACCCAAUCAAGGUGGAGACUGCUAUCUAUGAGAAAUCGCUGGAGCAGGGCUGUUUGUUGAUUCCAGGCUCGUGGUUCAAGUCGCCAAAUUUCAAGGAACACGGCUCUACCGAGAUCUUCUUCAGAGGUACCUACGCCGCCGUGGCAUUGGAGAAACUCGACCUUGGACUCAGCAGAUUCGGCAAGGCCAUCGAGCUUGAGUUUGGUUUGUAG